AUGACGGAACGGGAACGCGUGCAGUUUCAAGACGGUUCGGAAAGGAUGCUUGUCCAACUGACAAAGCAACAACGAUGGGAAAGGGGAGCCACUGCAACUCCCUCAGCGCUCAGACAACAGCGGCAACUUGGGGGACUGGCAGAAGCGGUGGAGCAGAAGAAGACGCUCAAAGAUGAGGGAUAUAAAACGAAUCAGAAGUUCCACAGACAGCGACUUUUUCUUAAAGACCAAAAAACCAUUAGUAUUGGAGCUGUACUUAAAGAACAGACGCCCCUUGUGAGGAGGGAAGUGUUUAGGAGGAGAUUAUUUCCUAUCCGAUUUGAAGAGUCUGCAAGAAGUGUCGAAGAAGUGCAGCAAUUGCUGAUGCAGAGGAAACCACUCGGCCAGCUCAUGAUUUCCGUGUGCUAUCUCGCAGUUUUACUAGUGUUUAUUUCGUAUUCUUUAGAAGUCAACAGAAUAUUCGAGGCAGCAAACGGCGUUUCAUCCCCGAUAAAAUCUGCCCUUGCACCCACUGCCUCGAGCUUCAAUUCAUUGAGCUAUGAGGUAGCGAAAGCAGAGGGAACAACUCCAACGCCAGCUGAUUUCUCAGAGUCAGGACAUCCGGCGGACAUGCUCAUGAUGAGUAGCAAAGCUGGCGUGGCUUCGUGGCUUCUCUACGGGUUUGUUCCCCUUCUUUAUGGGCCAUCGCCACAGACAAGCAACUUGGGCUCUGCAAGAGUCAUCGGAAAUUGCUUCAGACUCACCUUCCGACAAGUGGAAUUGGAAGGUGUUAAUGGAUUCGACUUGGGUUAUGAGGGAGGGUGGCCCCUUGCUGCUGCAGAGGCUUCUUCCUCAAUUGCUGCAUCCAAGUUAAGCUUAACAACAUCGGCGGCUUUUUUGCUGGGUGGUACCCUUGGGAACUACGAUGUAUACACAAUGAGCUCUGUCAAUUCCAUUCUUGCCGGGAUUUUUUUUGUCCCCCUAUUUCUGGUUUUCUCUGCUUUUGGCUUUACAAUUUUGACUGCGGUAGUGCUUAGGAAGCACAAUUUAUGUGCCGAUUCUGUGCAACAAGGCGUCUUGAAGUACAAGUUGGAAAAGCAGGAUCUUUUCCAAACACGUUACGAAUGGCUAAGACAUGCAAUGGCGUCCGGCUGCAGUUCAUUUUGGACAGCUCUGCGUGGAUGUUGGAAACCGCAACGAAUAUCUGUUCUCGAAGAAGAAUCUCACGAGGGAUUCCAAGAUGAUGUUGAAGAGGCAGCAGCCUCUAAAAAGGAAAGGACCAACAAGAAAUUUCGCUCACGUUGGAGAGAGAAAGGAAAAGAUCCUAUCGAACGGGAACAGCAUGCAGAGAAAAAGCAUCUCUCCAUCGAAGAGGACGAUGACUCCCCUCCCCAAUAUCCUUCGUGGGUUUGGCAGGCGAUGGGAAUGGAAGAUCCUAUAAACAUGUACUCUCUGGGAAGCGGAGAGAAAAAGAGCUUCUAUGUGGAUCCAGCCAGCGUUGAUUCGUAUUUCAAAACAUACGGCUAUUUUAGGGGGUUUGGUAUGACUGGCAUGAAGGAGAGUUCGGACUGCUACUUCCAGCCAGAUAUUCCAACGACGCUUGUGGACGAAAACCCUGCGCCGUCUGUAGACAAGGUAUACAUUCUUGUACGAAACCAGUCACGGGAAGAUCACGAAGACGCUUGGAAAAAGCUCUUUGUGGUCGCUUUUGUUGCCAUCACCGUGGCUACCGUCAGCUUGCAACUGUCGAUUGAUACUUCGGCUGACAUUAGAGACAUGGCUGGCCGGGCCGUUGCGAAGACAGGGUUCUCAUUGGACCCCGUCACGCUCGCUUGUGAAGACACUGCCCUAGGUUUGGCAAAUGUAAACUUUUCGAUACGUUUCCCCAUUCAGCAUGUUUUUAGCAUUACUUCACCGAGAAGCCUUUACAGUUGGCUGAAAUCUGACCAGGGUCUAAUGGCGCUUUUUAGCUGCCACGCUAGUUCCCCAUUGUUCAACCAGACGUUUCCCCAGAGCACUUUGGUAGAUGGCACAUAUCAGCAGCCCGUGCUGUGCAACUGGAAUGCAGCAAUUACUACGCGAUCAAUACGCGUCACGUUGAACACCCGCUCAGAAUCAAUAUAUCCUGUUCAGCUAGGCUUUACCUGCGAAUCUCUCCAGUGUGUGUACCAGCCUCUCUUCGAAAAUACCACUUUCAGAGAUUUUCUAAAAGGGCUUGGAGAGCAAGAUAUUUUGAGGGACGUUGGCACAGAACUGGCAUUUCACACUUUCUUACUGUCCCCUAACUCUGGAAAUAUGAUCUUAGAGCUAUUGCUUAGCUUUCGUCGAGAUUCUGGUGGCACUGUUGCACCCAGCCUGUCCGUCGAGUCCUGGAAGCUGCAGCCGUACGCCACGUGGGACUUUGCGACAGUAGCUGCUGUGGCCUUGCAAGUGGCAAGCGCAGCACUUUUCCUAUUUUUUGGGUGUUCUUUCUUUGUGGAAUUUUGCCGGCUGAGGAGAAAACUGAAGGAGGAACGUGAAGACUACAGCUUCGGCUUAUGUUUAGGAGUCUUUUUUGUGGACGACCUUUUCAAUGCCUUUGAUAUCAUUGGCUUCAUUGUAUUGGCUUGUGCAAUUUUGGUGUGGGUGCUUCACGUCUGUUCUUCACCCCACUCAGAAGUCUUCACUUUAGCAGAUGAUCUCGUUACAGCUUCAGCUACUGCCGCCUCCGGUGCCACAGAGGAAACGGAGGCAACUACAGCAGCUGGUGUUCUCUUCGAGGCGUUCAGUUCAGCAUCUGCCUUGAUGGGCACCUAUGCACAGCUAGCCGCUGCGAUCAUGGCUGCUGCAUUUCUUCGUCUACUCCGAAUUGGGCGCAAACACAAGCGCAUGACCAUGAUGUUUUAUGCUCUCGCUUCGUCGGCAGAAGAGAUGAUACAGGUCCUGAUAGGCACGGUACUCCUGUUUCUGGGCUUCUCUUAUUUAUGCUUUCUGGCUUUUGGACGUCACAUGGAGAACUACUCAACAGUCAAGAAUUCGUUUAUCUCCACGAUAAUGUUAACGACGGGCUUCUUCCCCUUAUCGCAGCUCUUCCAGUCAGAUGCUCUCAUGGCCGGAGCUUUUGUUUUCCCCUAUCUCUUCUUUAUGGGCAUUAUUUGUUUUAGCUUAUUUUUGUCCGUUCUUCUGCGUUCUCUCGCGUACCGCUCUGCGGAAAUUAGGGCGAUGGAAAGACUUCAAAAAAUCGAGCAUCGCUCAGUCCUGAGAUCUGCAAAGCUGUUUUUUGAGGAGCUUAUGUGCAAUUUUCGUGUCCGAAAAGAAAUUCUGGAAGAGCAGCAAAAGGAAAUCCAAUUAAAGCAUCUGCAAGAGCAAGCAAAUGCAGCGACAGAUUUUCGAAAGAGAAUAGCCACCGAGAGGCAAGACAGCUCUGCUGAGCUGCGGAAAUCUGAAGAGGCUGAAAGGAAGAGGCGAGAAAAGCCGCUGAAGGUUGUGGAAUUGCCACCGGACGUGGUAACUAGUGCUUUAUCCGACGCGCAGUACGCUGCUUUGCCAGAAGAUAUUCGUUUUUUUGCAAAUCAAGAGGCUGUUCUUUUUGUUGACAGAUUUCGCGCUAUGGCCACGCAGCUGAAACUCAGCAGCGGUAACAUUGUGUCACUAUUACAUCAGCUAGAGAAUGAGGCUUACACUGAACUGCUCAAGCUUUCUCGCGAGGUGGCACAGCAAGAAGGCCAUCUGCGGCACGAGGCGUCGGUCUACACAUCCCAAGUGGGCACUGGACAACAGAGACUGACAGCCUACGCAAAGUACGUUGAAAAAGCUUUACAGGAAAGAGAGGAGGAAUUGCAGCUACAGGAACACGAGCUGAAGCUUCUUGAGGCCCGAAUGGAGGGUGACUUACAAGAGGCAGAAAGAUAUGGAGGGGACAGUUGA